AUGGCCGACAGGCCACUUUGGCUAAUCCGGGCCGCUGCUGGUCUGGAGGGACACGGGCUGACAUCCAUCUUCGUCCCCACGGUCACCGAUGUUGAUCAUCAGCCUCUCGGACGAACACGGCCAUGUCGUGGCACUCGAAUCCAUGUAAUCGAGGACUCGGCGGGGACGAUCUACCAUCAGUUCCAACGCAACUACGACUGCAGCACAGAUACAAAUCUUCUCGUUGCGAAACGGCUUGGCUCGAUAGCCGCGAAGUACGUAGCAGAGCCAUUCGAUGAAACCUUCUUCGCAGAGGUCGAGCCAGUGGCCAAAGGUGCAAUGGAUGACCUCGCGUUGAGAGUGCCGGCAACCAGAUCGGCAGAAGGCUGCUCCAACCAACUGUCGGAGACGUGGAUCAGAGAGUACAUUGCCUAUCUUGUCGAAAGAAGGAUCGUCGAAGCUGAAGCGCUGGACGUCCUCGAGAAAGCGAUGCGUCUUGAAAAGCCCAACGCUGCGUGCACGUAG